CCUCUAAUUAAUUUGGAUAUUUAAAAAUCAAAGCUUCAUGGCUUCUUUAAAUGAGGUAGAAUACUGUGCUUAGGUUAGUUUAUCAAGAGCAAUAAUAAUUUUAUAUGAUAUUUGCCUCUUAACUGUACCAGAAUAGGAAUGGAGGUCAUUUUAAACAAAGUUGUAAUAUAAUGAAAUCCUCUUUACUUAUAACCUAAUUAGCAAUGUUAUUUAAGUGGCCAAGAGUAUGUGGAAACUGGCCAGAUUUCUGCAUAUUUUCUUCAGAAUACUUAGAAACCUCUUUCACUGUUUCAUAAUAUUUAUAGGUUAUGCAAUACGGGUUUAGUAAUACUAUAGAUAGUCAGAUAUAUUAAAUAACAACACAGAGAUUACCAGAAAACUUACUUGUUGAUGAUAUGGAGUAUAGUAUGAUGUAAUAUAUUUUUUUAAAAGGUUAGGUAAGAAGUUAAGUGGAAAAGUGUUGUCAGUCUCUUGCUCAGGAUACUUAAAAUCAAAUUCUUAGGUAAAUACACUCUUGUUACUAUGUUAAGCACAUCUUACUUGGCUUUCCUUAGAAUUGCCACCUCUGAUGUGAUCUUUUAAAAUGUUUCUUCCUCAAAAGUCUGCUCACUAAACAGAUUUUCAGUUUGCACUACAGUGGUUAUAAAACAUGAAUCCUUUUAUUUUUUCGUUUUUAAUUCCGUAAUUAGAUGCUUUAGGGCUUAUAUCUUUUGCCUCACCAAUAAGGUAAGUGCCCAACUGAUGAGGCUCUGUAGAAAACUUCCUGGCUUGCAUUGAUAAGCUUUCCCUAUGUCAUAGAUGCUUACUACUAGAAAGCUAUAGUCCCUGUGGUGAAUGGCUUUUCUUUGUAUUACAGUUGACACUUUGGUCACUGUUGAAUUUAGACCUCAGUGAUAGAUGAUAGUGUUUAUUGUUUAUCUCCUUAAAUAAAAUAGAGAAGUGAGGUUUUGCUUGUCUAUUUUUUUCCAAAGCUAUGAGGAAGAGGCAUUGAAUCUAGUUUACUGUUUUAUUGGUGGGCUGUGUGAAUUUAUUUUUUGCCUUGAAUUUUUGUGACCUCAGCUUAUGUGAUAGCUGACAAGCUUCAGUCCUGUGUCCUUAGUUCCAGUUUUCUAUAUAGUAAACCUAGGAAUGCUGAACAACACUGAAUGGCAUAGGAUACACUGGGGAAGGGGCAAAGGGUCUCUUUAUUUACCCCAAAGACGAGAUAGAGUUGGAUGAGUAAGUUUUAGAGGGUUGAAGCAAUAGAAAUUGCAAGGUAAGAUAUGGGACCUUUGAGCAAACAGGAAUCAACUAAAGGAUGGAAAAAAAUAGGCCCUAGUGUUUUACUCAUUGGAAAUGUUCCUUGGAGCCUAUUGUAUACAUAACACUCAAUCCUGUAGAGUGUCUCUAAGAAAGAAGUAGAGGAUAGUUUCUGUAAAACAUUGAAUCAUCUGGUUAAAGUAAAACUGGACAGAAACAUUGUCAGGGCUUAGGGGAAGAGUGCUAUCUUUACAAUUCCAUUAAGAGUGAAAAUAUCUUCCUAUGUUUUGUUAAAUAUGUAUUUUUCUGUUUAAAUAUACUUUAGGAAAAAACCCACUUUAAAAAAAAUCACUGUUUUGAUGAAAAUACUUCUAUGAAAACCUGAAGAGGGUUGGUGCCUAUUCUUAUGGUUGAAGAUCCCUGCUUUUUAAUGUAAUGCACUAAGCUUACAAACAUGAAAACAUGUUUUGCCCCUUCUCUGAGUUGAGCUGGUCACUAGGAGGCAAAUCCAUGGACAGACAGUCCUGUUGUUUGAAAGCUGGUUUUGUGGAAAGUGAUAAGUUGGUGGAGGUCAGGAUGGCUAACUGGUUGGCUCCCCACAUGGUGCCCUACAUCUACACUACACCUUAAAGAAGCUGAAGAGAAGAUGUUAAAAUGUGUCCCUUGCACAUACAAAAAGGAACCUGUUUGUAUAUCUAAUGGAAAUAAAAUAUGGACACUGAAGUUCUCUCAUAAUAUUUCAAAUAAGACUCCGCUUGUCCUUCUUCAUGGUUUUGGAGGAGGUCUUGGGCUUUGGGCACUGAACUUUGGAGAUCUUUGCACCAACAGACCUGUCUAUGCUUUUGACCUACUGGGUUUUGGACGAAGUAGUAGACCCAGGUUUGACAGUGACGCAGAAGAAGUGGAGAAUCAGUUUGUGGAAUCUAUUGAAGAGUGGAGAUGUGCCCUAAGAUUGGACAAAAUGAUCUUGCUUGGGCACAACCUAGGUGGAUUCUUGGCUGCUGCUUACUCACUGAAGUACCCAUCAAGGGUUAAUCAUCUCAUUUUAGUGGAGCCUUGGGGUUUCCCUGAACGACCAGACCUUGCUGAUCAAGACAGACCAAUUCCAGUUUGGAUCAGAGCCUUGGGAGCAAUAUUGACUCCCUUUAACCCUUUAGCUGGCCUAAGGAUUGCAGGACCCUUUGGUUUAAGUCUAGUGCAGCGUUUAAGGCCUGAUUUCAAACGGAAGUAUUCUUCAAUGUUUGAGGACGAUACUGUGACAGAAUACAUCUACCACUGUAAUGUGCAGACUCCAAGUGGUGAGACAGCUUUCAAGAAUAUGACUAUUCCUUAUGGAUGGGCAAAAAGGCCAAUGCUCCAGCGAAUUGGUAAAAUGCACCCUGACAUUCCAGUUUCAGUGAUCUUUGGCGCCCGAUCCUGCAUAGAUGGCAAUUCUGGCACCAGCAUCCAGUCAUUACGACCACAUUCAUAUGUGAAGACAAUAGCUAUUCUUGGGGCAGGACAUUAUGUAUAUGCAGAUCAACCAGAAGAAUUCAACCAGAAAGUAAAGGAGAUCUGCGACACUGUGGACUGAACACGCUAAAGCUCUUAUGGGAAAACCUGGUGACUGAUACAAUUGUUCAGCAAUAAUGCAUAGUCUAUGCUGAAGAAUAAUGAAUACAACACAAGAACCAGACAGCCUUCUUGAUUAUACUUUGCACGUGUUUUCUUUAUGAACUCACUCGCACAUUUAAACCAGUUAGUGCCUUCUAGAAGAAUGGCUUUCCUUUCUCCUACACAAAAUUGAAAUAUACAAGCCUCUAAAUUUAAUACCUUCAAAUAAAAGGUUAUUUGUCCCUCUGAUGUACUGAAAAACUAAUUUUUCAGCUGAAAAUUUUUUAAUCUAACUUUGCUAGUCAGAUACUUUCUAUAUUGCAAUCUAUAUUGCCAAUUUAGGAAGUGAUUUCCGAGUCUCUUGUUAUACUGUAAAGGUGCACUUUAUUUUGUCUUCUUAAUCAUGUAUUUAUGGUGUCUAAUAACUGAUAAUCUGAAUUCAAUGUGUUUUUAUGUCAAAAUUUGUCAGUUGUUUAGAAUAUUUCACUUUGUUU